AUGUCUACCUUUAAGCUCAACUCCGGAUACGACAUUCCCGCUGUCGGCCUCGGAACCUGGCUAUCCAAACCACAUGAAGUCGAAAACGCUGUCGAGCAUGCCCUCAAAGCCGGAUAUCGUCAUAUCGACGCUGCAGCAUGCUAUCUGAACGAGACCGAAGUGGGAAGAGGCUGGAAGAAAUCGGGUGUACCGCGCGAGGAAGUUUUUAUCACCAGCAAGUUGUGGAACACGCACCAUCACCCGGAGAACGUGGAAGAAGCUGUCAACAAGACCCUGAGCGAUCUUCAGACGGACUACCUUGAUUUAUACCUGGUCCACUGGCCAGUCGCAUUCGAACACACCAACGAAACACUCACUCCUCUGGACCCAGUCACCAAGCGAUUCCAUCUCGCAGACGUUCCCGUCUCCGACACAUGGGCAGCUCUUCAGAAACUCGUCAAGGCGGGCAAGAUCCGCAGCAUUGGCGUGAGUAACUUCACUGUUGGCAAGUUGCAGGAGUUGCUGCAGACGGCAGAGAUCCCCCCCGCUGUGAACCAGAUCGAGGCGCAUCCAUAUCUGCAGCAGCCGGCGCUGUUUCAGUUUUUGAAGGAGAAGGACAUCCUACCUGUUGCUUACAGCCCGCUUGGUAACAAUAUCUACAACGCUCCACGCGUUGUCGAUGAUUCAACUGUGAUAAAAAUCGCAAAGAAGCUCGAAAAAGACCCAGCGGCGGUGUUGAUCUCCUGGGCCAUCCAACGGGGAAGCUCUGUCCUGCCAAAGAGCGUCACUCCGUCGCGGAUUGAAAGCAAUUUCCAAGGUAGGCAAUACAAGCUUUCCUUUCAGAUUGAUUUGCGCUUGGAAAGAAUCUUCACUAUUCCCGAUGCCGAAUUCGAGGCCCUCAAUCAACUUGACCGAAACCAACGAUACAACUACCCAUUCCGCUGGGGAAUUGAUAUCUUUGGAGAGCUUGGGGCCGAAGAAGCUGAGCGACGUGCUGAGGAGUUUGCUGCGAAGCAGAGGGAGAGCUCAUGA